CUGUAUAGCCGCAGAUAUAAACAACGAACUGCAAGUGCAUUAUAUACAAUAUGAUAUUAUUGGUACUACUAUUAAUUGCUGGAUCCACCGCAUCUAGUUAUUUACCUUCAAACGUGAAAUUAUGCUCGAAACGAGAUCCGAACUUUCUGAAUUGCGUCGCCCUCAAUAUGAUGGAGGCGAUCGAAUCCUUCGGGCCAGGUUACAAGAAACUUGGAAUUCCGAUGCUCGAGCCGUUUUAUAUCGAGAAAAUGGAAAUUCAGGGUUCCCAAACUGGUUCGGUGCAUUUAGAUCAAAAGUACGAGCAGAUUUACAUCCACGGUUUUUCUAGGUCCAACAUCACUAAUCUCAUGAUUGAUCACGAUAAAUGUCAUUGGGAGUUCGAUUCUACGGCACCGUACAUUCGUAUGGAGUCUGACUAUGUUCUUAACGGACAACUGUUGAUAUUUCCAAUAAAUGGACAUGGAAAAAGUAACGUCACUAUGAAGAACGUAAAGGUGCAUUAUUCCUUGGAUUGUAAGAGGGAAGACAAAAAAGAACAAACUUUCAUUACGGUUACCAGUUUUAAGAUGGUGAUGAACCCAGAACAAAUUCAUUUAGACUUUGAGAAUUUAAUACCAGGAAACGAACAGCUCACAAACGAAGUCUCAAAGGCCAUUAAUGAAAAUAGUCACGAGAUUUUCAAAGAUGUUAAAGGAGCAAUCGAACAAGUCUUUGAGAAGAUUUUCACCGCCACCACCAACAGAGUUUUCUCCAAACUUAAGGAGUCUGACAUAUUUUUAGACUAGUGCUCUACUUAUCUGAUGUUAGCUACUGAGUGUCUAAUAAAUGUAAAAGCAGAUAAAUAUAA